UGUCAUGUUUGUUUUGAUGCGCGGUAUGCGGCGUGUUGAACAAUAACUUGGGAUUUUUCUGUGUGUGUUGUUUUCGAUAUCGUUCGUUGACGAUUUUAACUGUGAUUUGUUUGUGGUAAUAUGUUAUGAACGGUGCUAACUUAUCACACAUCUAAAAUGAUUUGUGAUGAAUCGGAAAACCAUUUAGCAAGAAAGCAACAUAUUCGCUAUUUGCUUCGCCAUCUCGAUAUUCUGCCUUCACGGUUAGCAUAUCAUGAUGCUGCUAGACUGACAAUUUUGUUUUUUGCGCUCUCCGGAUUGGACGUUUUAAACGCACUAGAUGAAUUGAGUGAAGAAAAAAAGAAACACAUAAUAAAUUGGAUUUACAGCCUUCAAGUCGUACCGCAAGAGACAGACGACAAAGAAAGCUGGAAGCGAUGCGGUUUUCAGGGUUCGUCUACACUAAACUUUUCGCGCGACAGCAGCGAUUGCUCAGGGCCAUAUGUGUGUGGUCAUUUAGCAAUGACAUAUACAGGUCUUGCAGCACUUAUUAUUCUUGGUGACAAUUUGUCUCAUGUGAAUAAGAAAGCAAUUAUUGCUGGUAUAAAGGCUUUGCAACAAGAGGAUGGUAGCUUUUGCGCAACACUUUCCGGCAGUGAAAGUGACAUGAGGUUUGUCUAUUGUGCUGCCUGCAUCUCUUACAUGCUAAAUGAUUGGUCUGGAAUGGAUGUAGAAAAAACUAUCUCAUACAUCUUAGAUAGUAUGUCAUAUGAUGGUGCAAUUGGCCAAGGGCCUGAUCUUGAAAGCCAUGGAGGAACUACAUUUUGUGCUGUUGCUGCCUUGGCUCUGAUGGGUGAGCUUGAUAGAAAAAUUAGUCCCAUUCAGCGUUCAAGAUUGAAGAAAUGGCUGCUGAUGCGUCAGGUGACAGGAUUUCAGGGACGCCCAAAUAAACCCGAUGACACGUGUUAUUCUUUCUGGGUUGGAGCUUCAUUGAAGAUACUUGGGGUUUUUAAUAUGAUCUCAUACAAGCCUAACCGAUUCUACAUACUUUCUACACAAGACAGAAUUGUUGGCGGUUUUUCGAAAUGGAUUGACACAACUUCAGAUCCAAUGCACACUUACUUAGGUCUUUGUGGCCUUAGCCUUAUGGAUGAAGAGUUGCUAUUACCUGUUGAGCCCAGACUUAAUAUCACGCAGCGGGCAUUUGCUACACUUAAGAAGAUUCAUGAAGAGUGGUAGAAUGAGCAGCACAAAUUCUGCUUCAUUAUAUGUGUAUUAGCUGUGCUAGACACAAGGGUACCAAAGUCCAAGUGGUGUUCUUUUUGUAUGAUGAUUGGCAUACUGUAAUUUUUUCAUGAAAAGUGCUCGAAUUUUGAAUUCUAUGGUAAGUACUUUUAGUUUGUGCUCAUGGCUGAUGCCUGUUUUAAAUGAAGCAGUAGCAUUUGCAUCAUAUGUAAACACACAACUGCCUAAUUAUCCCUGAGAUAUUAUAUAUACCAAAUUUCAUGAAUUUAUAGGCUAUUGUGUCUCAGUUUAUUAAUGAAGUCACUUGGAACCCAUUUGAACUGAGUCACAUCAGUGACUUCUAUAGCAAAAGACAAAUUUCUUUGAGUCAUUUUUGUACUGUGAAAAGAAAAACUGUGUUUACUUCUUUUCCAAGAGCUGCUUUUAUGUUGUUCCUAUGGUGCUAUUUUCCCCCACAGAAAAAGUAAGCAUUGGAGUGAUCAACUGUGAGUUUCAUUUUAUGGUUGAAUUACAAUCUGUGAUUCCUUUAUAAUCCUAACAGCCAUGUUAGUUUGUAUAAUGAACGAAAAGAUUUAGUAGGCAUUUUACAAAAAUCUCUGUAUUCCAUUUAAUUGAACAAGGAUUGUAAUUGGUAUUUAAGAGACACAAGAAAUUUUGAUUGGUUUUAAGCUAUGCAGACUAUUAUCAGUACUUGUAUAACAUUAAGCUAACUAUGAUUUACAUCAGAACACUGCAUAGCUGUGUACAUAGAGCUAUUGCAGUCUCCCAUUGUAUUUUAGUAGAUACUUAUGUAGAUGAUGAAACUUGCUGAUAAACAGGCAUUUGAUUAUUCUGUGGUAUGACUUUUACAUGGGUAAUUACUUAAGCAGCAAUUUGAUCACUGUUUGGUAUUAGCAUCUGAUUAGUGUCCAUUUGUGGGAAUGAAAUAAUGUUUAUAAGCUUUAUGUAUUUUUUUCCUUUUUCCUCGUUCUUUAAAGGAAGCUUUUUGUAAGCUAUGAGGACAAGAAAACUAAUUAGAUUCUGUCUGCUUCAGUUAGUAUGAUUCUCAUGAGGGUGAUUCUCAUGAGGGUGCUGAGGAACUGAUAUAAAAGAUUUUCAUUCAUCAAAUGACACACUGUGGACCAUGAGAGCCCAAAGCACAGACACAAAGUUUUGAGAAAAGAGAUGUUUGGAAAAUCAUAUUUAUAGACAAACCACCACUCCCUUAGGUCUGAACUGUUUUUUAACCAAGUCUCAACUUCUGUUAUUACCUAUGAAAAAACUAAUGUGCCCAUUUUAUGGUAUGAAAUAUUAAUUAAUAUUUAGGAUUAUUUUUAUUAUUAAUGUUAAAGCCCAAAAUUUCCAUGUGGAGGAUAGUGACAAUAGUGUUGUUUGACAAUUGUAAAGUUUGUAAUUAAUGUGAAACUAGAAUUAGAACAUUUAGAACAGAUAAUGAAUGCACCAUAUACAUAAUUAUGACCUGUUCCAACACUUCAUGUUCCUCAGUAUCGUCAUUGUCAUUAAGCACAUUCUGUAGUUUGACAUUCAGUUAAAACUGCCACUGUUCCCCUGAUUACGAAAUGCUACUGCUAUGUACAUGAUGUAGACACUAAAUUAUGUUGGAAAUGCUAGAUGACACUUGAGCACUGCAGCGUAACAAAAUAAUGCGUUGUGCUUUGGGCCUAUAUGCAGAUGAAUAUCUGAGAAAUGGGUGAGACAUAUUUUUAUUAAUCUUCAUGUUCACAAUGUGGGUCUACUGAUAGAGAUAAAGCUGAUUCACCAUAAGAGCAAUAGAUGGCAGGAACAUGCCUACUUGCUAUAAUCUAAAAGUCAGUAACAGUGUGCUUUAGCCCCUUAUGGUUCUCAUUACUUCAGAUGUAAUGAGUUAUUGUGAUUAUGUGCAACAUUUGGUUUGGAAGUUUCAUUAGUUACUAUCCAGAUGCUAUUUCUUAUGUACAGUGUGACAGUAGGUGUUUAAGUUUAUGCAUUCUCUUUACAAUGUAGUUCUGAGAAGUUCUGUAUACAUUACAUCUGGUCAAAGUUAUCAUUGUCCAUAGCAUUUUCAGAAAUUAUUAUGCGACAUUAUUCAGUAAAGAAUAUUGUUCAUUAAUAACAUUAUUUUUGACAUUUAUAAGUGAAUCUUUCAAUCAAAUUAAGUGUUUGAUAUGUUACCUUCUUUUGCAAGUUACUGAGAAAAAGUAUUUACAUGUGUCAUUUCUGCUAUGACUGCAGGGUUCCUAUUUGUUAGUAAUAGACUUGUCCUUUAUGUAUAGACCUAUCUUUAAAUCAAAACCUCACCUCUUUAUUUAACAGGUGCUCGUUGUCAUUUAUUGCAUGUUCCUCCUCAUGAAAUACAAAGCAGUGUAUCCCAUACAAAUUCAGGAAGGAAAACGGGUAACUGAACGUUUUUUACACGUUGUAUAAAGCAUUGUUUUGCUACCUUUGUUGUGAGGAAGUUAACUGAUAAACAAGUUUUAAAAGCUGCCUUGGUGAUUAUUUUGCUUGGUAGUGAUAUACUAAAAUGGUAAAAAGUGAUGAGUGAGUGGAUAAUUUACUGUGUAUGUCAAGGGACAAUAAGUAAUUUACACAUUGACUGGCUUCUGUUGAAGCAUUUUUAGUACACGCACAAUAACUUCAUUUCUUCUGCUGCUUUAAGAGCAUGUAACAUUAGUGAUUGAUGCUAAUACAUCUAUUCAAAAAGGAGGAAAGAAAUUAUUCCAGAACAGUAUUAUUUACAUUUGUGUAUAGCCUUUAAAGAUUUUUGUCUUUCAUAAUCAUUCUAAAAUGUUUUUUUUUUAGUAUUGUGUGUUUUAUUGCUAAGGCUAUAUAAAUAGCUUAUAUUUAUUUGUGUACAAUUGGAGUCUUACAAGUAUACAUAUCUGAUUUUACUUCAUGUUUGCAUCAACAGGAAAAUUCAGUUGAGAAAACUGUAAAAUUACGAAGUUAAAUCAAGAAAACUUUUGAAAUUAUAAGGAGAUAGAAUAAAUACCUGACCAGAGUUUACCUUCAGAAGGUGAAGUUCAUGUACUCGCUGACAGGAAUAUAUCUCCUUGUAAUAUUAGAGUUACUGUGUUUAUGAAUGAAACUAUAGCACAAAGUGAAAGGUUCACAUAAAUAUAUUACUGUUAUCAAUAACAUACUAUUUUUAAAGUUUUUAUUAUAGGGACCUACAAAAUUGCAUUGGUCAUUUGUAUAAGAAGAAAAAAAGCAAGAAGAAAAAAGCAUAUUUUUGUCUAUUUUAUGAUUUAAGAGUAUUGUGUUGCAUAUGUAACAUUUUCAUGCGGGAUAAACUAUUACAUAGUGCAUAUCUGUGGUGAUACGUAAAUACUAACCUUCCUUCCUUUUUUUCCCUUCACUAGGUUUGGCCUCAUAACUUUAAUAGCCCUUUUCUUGUUGUGUAUUGGACCUGCACUUAGCUCACUUGAGUAGUGUGCAACAAGAAGUUACAGGACACUUAUUUUUGGUGAGAGUUUGUUUUAAAGUGGUUUUUGUAAGCACCAGUGGGACAGAAACAAAAAUUCAAUGAAUGAAUGAUGAGUAUCAGUAAAAAAUCUUAUGGGUGAUCUGAGAUGUUACAACCAUCAGUACAUUAACUGUGCAAAAUGUACAACAAAUUUAUAAUCAUUGAAAUUAAACGUGCUUUAUGCUAAUAUACACUUACGGACACUGUGCAAUUUCACCAAUAUACACAUUUUAAGUCAUGCUAGUUUCUCUACCUCUAUUAAAAAUUUAACUUUGCCAUUUACUCUCAGUUCUAAGGAAAUUCGUUUGACCUCUCUAUUGAGUAGUUGAACUGAUAGGUCCGUGUAAUGCCAAGAUUUGGCACUGAAGAGUUUACUCUAUAUGUGUAUGAAGCACCUACACCUUUUUGUGUAGAUGAUAGGGCAUAUUUUCAUAUUUGUUUCUGAUAUCGUACUUUGGACAUGUCAUACUGUUGGCAGCUGUGAUAGUUCCCCUCAGUGAGUGUCUCACAGUGCAGAACAAAUAAUGAUGACAGUCAUAAUUCUAAGUUUUCAAAAGAUGGGCUUAUGAAGAGGUUCAGAUGCCAUGUUGCGUAUUGUUCACACACCCACAUUUUAUAAUUGAAAACAUUGACUGCAGCUAUUUGGUAACACCAUACCUAUACAGUGAUAAUUUAUCCAUUUUGCUGUCUGCUGAGCUCUGUGCCAGUAUGGAGUAUGAUAUUUUAUUAUUUUAAGAUAAUAAGAAUAGCUACACAAUGAUAGUUAUCUUUAUUCCUUUCAUUAUUUGUAUUCCAAGACUCUCCAGCAUCAUAUCUGUCUAUUACUUAUGUUAUUUUGGUUUGUUUGUCGUCUCUUGUGGCAAACCAGCAUUGUAUAAAAUUUGUAACUCAUAUGAGAUUUAAAACCAACAGUGGACAUACACAAAUAGCUUACCAUAAAAACUGAGCAAUAUAAUUCUACCAUGUUUGCACAGUUUCUCCUUUCUUCUGCUGAAUUAAAUAUGCCGUAAAGUAGAUGCAAAAUGUUUCUAUGAUGUCACCCAAUUUGACAUAUUAUUGGCGACUGAAACUCAAAUGCUGUGGUUAUGUGAGUGAAGACUUUAUCUUGUUAUUUAGUGACAAAUGUGGACCUUAUAUUAUAGAACUAGAAGUUCUGUAAUUUGGAAAAGUUUGGGGGAGUGAGGCUACUCAGAGAGUAUGAAAAAGCACACACACACACAGCACACCUGCAUUGGCAGUUUCUGGUUACAAUUUCAUAAGGGAGAUUCCUUAGGAAGACUUCAUCCGAUACCUUUAAUGAGAUUAAAAAAAGUACACUUCCUUCCAUAUUUCAGUUUAGACACAACUUUCAUCAUCUGUAGUAACUGUAACAUAGAUUUCAGGUUUAAAAAGCAUGCAUAUAUAGUUUCAUACUUACAUAUAUGAAGUCCCUGAACAUUUGUAUAUGACACCAGAUGAUAGCCUGCUUCUCAAUGAACCCAAAUUCUGGUACACACCUUUACUGCCAUCACAUUCUUUUCCUUUCCUCUGUUUUUUAUAACUGCGUUGUUUACUGGUAACUAAAUAUGCAUCAUGCUUGUAAUAGAACAUUAUAAUAUGUAUGCGAAGAAUUUUUCAGUAAUUUCAUUCAGAUUGUCGAGAAAAGGAGCUGCUCUAUUUAUGAACGGUGUGCAAAAGUACUUAAUGUCAGCAUGUCAUGGUAUGUGGUAUUCACAUUACAGACAAAAUAACUUUUUAUUUGAAAUUUAAAAAAGUGCCUUUUGUUCAACAAAAUGCAGACUUUUUUUUCUGCCUUCAGUCAUCUGCACACCAACAUAUAUUAUGUAUUUUCUUCCAAUCAGUCCAAAAGAUGAACAAAGCUAUUCAUAAUGGCAACAGUUUGUCUCCCAUCCCUUACUGUAAAUCAGAAACCUAAGUAAGAUAUGACUGCAUGUGAAAUUAAAACCGAAAAUAAAAUUAAAUAACCGUUAAAAGUGAGUCGUGUUUGUGGGAGCUAUUUCUUUCAUUUUUAUCUAUUUUAAAUUUACACUUUUGCAGUUAGAAAGAUACUCUUAAUCUGAAGAUGUAUUGCCAUUAGUAUCUUUCCAUAUGUACAUAUAAACAGUACUCAAUUUUGUUAAUUAUUUUCAGUGCGUACACUAUCUGGCUAAUACCUUAGAUUACAAAAACUGUUGUCAAACUAUGGACUCAGGGCAACUACAUCAAAUUUUCAGUUUCCUAAUAAAAUUUCGCAUGAAUGUGAAUUACUACUAUUCAUGCUGUUAUCAAUUAAAGAACUCUGUGUGCCCUCAUUUGCUUUGGUUGGUUGGUACAACAGUUAAAAAGUGUGAGGUACUGAUAUAUGUAUAGAACACACAUUCAUUUAUUUCACAUGCGUGUUUGCCCUUCUUGUUUAUUUGUGGUCCGUAAUUUCUCUGGUGUUGAAUUUUAAUCUACAUAUGUGAAAUGAAAUGCCACAUACAACCAUCGUAAGUAGAAUACCUAUUUCUUUCAACAUACUGUUUGUAACAGAUACACAUUCACAGUAUGCUGCAAUGCAGAUGACAUCCACAACAACCUGUCAAUGUAAUAGCAGGUGUGUGUCAUGAAAAUUUGUUUGUAUUAUUUCGUCUUGCUUUCCAAUAUGCUUGACCUAUUUAAUAUUGAAAUUGCCAGAACUUGUUUGUGUCCUGACUUCAGAUAUUCAGAAGAAUAAUGAAAGUGAUAUAUCAGAAAGAUUUUGCAUAAUAACUGACACUGCAAACCAAUCACCACAGAAAUGUUUCAAAGUAUCCCUGUCCCAGCCUGUUGUAAUUGUGGUGAACCUUUCAGUUACCAUUCAGCUGAUUAAGUUUUUGACUGAUGGCAAAUGAAUGUGCAAACAAGUUAAUAAAAUUGAGAAGUAUUGUAUUUAUGGGUUAAAUGUUUAAUUUAAUAGUUCACUUUAUCUGGUUGAUGUACCAAAUAAUGUUAUUUACUCUACCAGGAUCCAAAUACAGUUGGUUUCUUUGCCUUAAUUUUUUCUAUUUUAAUUUCAUUUCUUUCUUAUUGUGUUGUGCUGUCAUUAAAUUCACUGUCACAGUUUGAUGUGUGUCAAAUCAAAAUCACAUUUUAGUUUGUCACUUCACAAUAAUUAUUCUCUUAUAAGAUACAAUAUAUUUACUGUUGAAUCAACAUUAAAAAUGGUGUGUGUUACUGCCAAAAAAGGAAAAGGAGGAAGAAACGAAGAUCAGGGAAUAUCUUAAAUAGUUGAAGUUACACAAUUUGUAGUUUUGUUUCUGAGAAGUAAACUGAGGAUUCGUGUUUAAAAGGUUUUGUUCUCGUACCAUUCAAAAUCAUGUGAGGUACGAUGAAGUGCAAAAUCAUUUACAUGAACUGUUUGUUACUGUACAUUUGUUUUUUUUUUUUCAAUUAUUAGUGUCACCAAAAUAGUAUUUCAAAUGAUGCAAAUAAGAUUUGUUUAAGAAAUUGUCUGUGGCCUCGAAUCACAGAACACCAAUAUAGCCAUAGUGAUUAUGAUCUAGAUAUUUUGUCAUUUACAGUAAUACUGAGAAGAAAAAUAAAUUUUAAUGUCAGCAAAUGACUGACUGGGGGUGCCUAUAUAACAUAUGCCUGGAGCUUAUAGUCAAAACACCAAAAUGUGAUGCUUCCAUAUAAUACUUGUAAUAUGAUUGUUAAUAUUGUUAUCUGAAAUCCAUAAAAUUUUACGAUUUGCCUUAUAUAAGAGCAAUUUUACACAUGAAUGAAACACCAUCAGCUGUAAGUCUUACCUGUAGAUCUUUUCUUCCUUUUGAAAGAUUUUGUACCAGAGAAUAAAAUGUAAUGUGUAUUCAGUUA